UGUGUAACCUUUCUUCUCCGCAGCGAUACGAAUAAACUCACUGUUCAUAUUCAUAAAAAAACCUCACUAUUCAUACCUAAAAACGAAACGGAACGAAGAAGACAGAGUGCAGUGCGACGGUGGUUUCCGGCAGAUUACAUGACCGUUUCUAAUCUGCUAGUAGGUAAUAUACUUGUCUAUAUUUACAUCUUCUGAAAUUAAGUUGAGAAUAUGAAAAUGAAAAAAGCGGAGAUGUCAGAAUACUUGCCUGAAGAGGUUAUUGUUCAAAUACUGAGUCGAUUGCCUGUCAAGUCCGUUUUGAAAUUCUCCAGUGUUUGCAAAUUGUGGAAUUGUAUCAUUAGAAGCCCUGAUUUUAUCUCUACCCACACUCGCAAUUCAAACAAACAUCACAAUUACAUGUUUCUGCUUCACUCUUAUAAAUGUAGGCACCAAUACUCUAUGCAUUUCGACAACAAAGAUUUCGAUGAAUACCUAUCCGUCCAACCGCUCUUCAACCAAGCCAACGUUUCUGAGGUGGUCGCCUCUAGUAACGGUCUUGUCUGUCUCUUUUGUGUCUACAAAAGGAACAUCCACAUUCACCGCGACAUAUAUAAGUUUGUUAUUUGGAACCCUUCCAUUAGGAAAUAUUUUGUGCUACCUGAACCUAGUUUUCGCCUCCCUUCAAAUUACUCUUCAACUCACUCGAAACUAUUAGGGUUUGGCUUUGAUUCAAGACGUAACGAUUACAAAUUUUUUGUGGCUCAGUAUUCGGUUAGCUCUGUUACGCAAGUGGCUCUCUAUUCACUCAACUCUAAUACUUGGAAGAAAAUCACUAAUGUUCCUCCCAUAAAUCGUGUAUUUUAUUCAAACUCUUCAACUUUCAUCGAUGGUAGAUUUUUUUGGCAUCCAUAUGAGAUAAGUAGGAAAUUGGUAUUGGUGUUUGAUUUAAUCGAUGAGACGUUUGGAGAGAUAUCAUUGCCCGCUGAAUGUUUGGAAAAUGCUCAAAACAGAGCUUUGAAAAUCAAGGCAUUUGAAGAAUCAUCCAUCGCAGUAAUUCAAAGCAAUUUUUAUGAGACCGAUAUAUGGGUGAUGAAAGAGUACGAGGCUGGUGAAUGGGUGAAGUUAGCUAGAGUUGGAAAAUGCUGGAAAGGAUUAUCAAAUGUGCUCGAGUUUAGAUAUAAUGGUGAAAUAUUAGUUUAUUUUUGUAGAGGGGAACGCUUAGCAUCAUAUAAUUUAAAUGGACGGAUAAAAAAUCUGCUGGCUUUGAGCAAAGAAAAGAAUAGAAGGCCUCCUUUUGCUUAUAGGCAUGUGGAGAGCCUAGCAUUACUUGACAAAGGUACUGAUAUUUCUAACAAGCUAUCAAUUUCAUUUAUGGGUCAUGAGUCUCAUGACUCAUGAGCAAAUAUGGUGUAGCGUGAUCAUGGAGGUUCUCAUGGACAAUUCUUAUUUCUGUGGCUACUUGGAGAGGAUUGGGAAGCAUGUUGAACUAAAACAAAGUUAAUUGAAGGCAUUGGGUUGGAAGAAUUGAAAGUAUUGCUGCGUUACCGCCAUACUAUGAGUUCUCGUCCUUACUGCACUCGAGUCAAAUGAAAACGAAUUCAAGGCUUCAGCCUGAAUUUUGCCCAUGCCCAAUGAUUCGCAGUUGAAACGCCUCCUGGUUAUAUGGUUCGAGGUAUGCCACUGCCAGUAAUAAUACGCAAGCUAUUUGACCAGAAGUUAAUACGAGAUGGGAAAUCAUUUAUUAAAUCUGGAAAAUAUUUAUGUUCUGAGGCAUGUAUAUCGACAAACUCUUUGAAAUGUAAAUGUGUUAUUGAGAAUUAGCGUGCUCAGAUUAACUGACUGAGUUUGGUUAAACCGAUUGAAUCAUAGUGGCAGCAUUUAUUUCAA